CGCUCAAAGCCCCAAGCCCCAGCUCGUUUCAUCUUGGCAUCCGAAAUCCAGCACACAGGGAUCGGCCCCUGAUCUAGUCCUGAGACGUGGAAAGCAGGGGUUGGGUUGUCGAGAUCUGGAACACCUGAGGACCGGAGACGGGUUUUCCGACAGCAUUCCCCCGCGACAUGCACGGCUUUCUCCAAUGCGGCGCGGCGCCGCGACCAGCUGCCGACCUCCCACCAGAUGAUUAAGCUCGUUUUAGCUUCCCUGAUAUGCCAGGACACGGUGAUGGGCAGACAAGGGCAGCGAAGCUUAACGCGGCCGCGUUGCAUGCGAUGAGAAGUCCCACCAGCGCACCGCUCGAUGUUAGCUUCCUUCUGUUAAAGGCUCAGGCUCUUCAGAAGUCUGGGGUUGGAAACGCCAUGGCUGCCCCUGGAGCUGUUCCUGGUUCCGACAAGCGCUGGGUUGUAAACGGUGAACGGCUGGCCCGUCUCGAGUGUGUGGGUAAGGAUCAUCUCAUCUUGGCUUGGUGCGCGUUGCCUGAAACACUUAGUUGUCUAUCAGGCAUUGCGGAUCAUGAUCGCCAGGUUGCCGCUCUGGAGUGUACAUACAAAUACCCUGGCUUGGCUCGCCGCGGCCUUCUCUCCUUCCCUCUGUCCCAUCACCGCUCGCUUUAUUCACUUCUGUCCAGCCUCACGUUGCUGCUCGUCGCCGGCCGACACGUUCGUUAUACUCUUUCCGAUUCCCACGCCUCCCCCGGUGCCUUCUUCAGAGCAAUACCCUCCGAAUCAGUCAACAUGAAGCUCAUCGUUGCUUCCAUUCUUGCCCUCGCCGCCACGGCCUUGGCGUAUCCCGCAGUGGAGGAAAAGGCUCCUGUCAAGCGUCAGAACAUCGUGAACGACUUCGACAUCACCACACCCGCCAUGACGGACGCGGCUGGGAAUGUCGUUCCCUUUGAAGCGACCAAGGUGCACCAAGACGCCACCGCAAAGGGCCUCUAAUGGCGUCCGCACUUCGGCACAUCCACGUG